AUAUGGAAGUUGAAAGUUAGCCCGUAUGGAUACGCUCUGUUAAAUGCGUCAAGCAAGUGCAAGCUAAUUGGUGAUCUCAUUAAUCCCUUCACAAGGUUUUAUUUAGAGGGAUACCUUCAAACUAUCAUUUCCGCGAACUUAAGCCACAGAGCUUACAACGCUUUAGGUAAUAUAAUCACCGAUAAAGAAAUAAGCCACCCCGGCGGCUACCGGAUUUUGUCAAAGUUCUUUGAAAUGUCUGCGAUGUCUGGAGGGGUAUAUAGCAGGCGGCCAUCGAAGCACGAAGCCUUCAUUGACGAAAAGACUGAGUGGAUAAGUGACAGGUUCUUCACUCAACAGCGUCUGGCAGGAGUCAACCCUAUGUCACUGAGACGAGUGACUCUCGAACAUGUAGGGUUGGAUUGGGAGACACUCUAUAAAACACUGAAUCAAGAUUUUAACUGGAAAGAUGCUGUACAAAAAGCUUUGGGAAGCGAUGACACAUUAAAAGAGGCCAUUUAUCAGGGUCGAGUCUACGUUCUUCGUUACGAGUUGUGUGACGACCUACCCAGAGAAGAAGUGGACCUUACUGACAAUAAUCCCAACAGGACAAUGUGGGACACACUCUCUCCCAUUGCUCUGUUUGCGUCUAAGCAACAUUUCCAGACAAAAACCAAUGAUCUUGUCCCUGUAGCCAUCCAAAUGGACUACACUCCAGAUUCAUCUGUAUACACUCCUGAUGAUGAUGACAACUGGAUGUUGGCCAAAUUGAAUGUCCAGGUUACAGAUCUCGGAUAUUCACAAAUUGUGGAGCAUCUUGGCAAGGUUCAUUUUUUGAUGGAGCCAUUUUGCGUGGUAUUGCAACGCACCCUGUCGUCCUCUCAUCCACUUCAUCAAAUUUUAAAGUAUCACUGCAGAGACGUGACAGUUCCAAAUACCCUUGGCGUCCCAAAACUUCUUAACGAAGGACAGUUUACGGAUCAGCUGUUUGCAUUUGGAAAUAAUGGAACCACCCGACUUCUUACAAACGCACAGCCAUUAAGCACAUGGGAUGUCACAGAUUUUAGAAACGAAAUAAAGAAACGCGGAGUCGAUGACAAGGAGCUUCUUCCUUACUAUCCUUACCGUGAUGACGGAGAGAAAAUUUUGAAAAUUAUCGAAAAUAUGCUUAGAAAACACCGUGUAUGGAGUGUCAGUAAACGUUUUGCAUUCUACUGUUUUCUCAGGUAUUAUCACGACAAUGAGGAUGUUAAAAAGGACCGUGAGUUUGAAGGAUUCCUCUCUGAAUUGUCUAUUUAUGGGAAAAUUAAAGGAUUACCCUCAAAGAUUACGACUAAAGAUGAACUCUGUGACAUUGUGACCCGCAUUAUCUCACAACUGAGCGUCCAACACGCUGCUGUAAACUAUCCCCUGACAGACUACGGUCUGUACACUCCCAACCUACCAACCAAACUGUACAACGAUACCAGGAUGAAGGAGGGCGAACACCCUGAACUACGUCUGCCAAAUGAAAAGACCUCCUCUAUCGAAGCCAGCUUUAGUAACGCGCUUGCGCUGUUCCGCUUUGACUCCUUGUUUGACUACGGCAACGAACUUCGUGAUCCUGAGGCCGUCAAACUCGUCAAUGGUUAUUACACUUACCUCAUGAAUGUUAUUCAGCCUCACAUGCAAGAAAAGAACCGAAAGAGGAAGGAAGAUGGUUAUUUGACCUAUCCGUACUUCAUUCCGAAAUGGCUGCCAAAUGGAAUUCAAACCUGAUCCUCCACAUUCUCCGCAAAAACGAACUGUCCUUACACUUUCUUUUUUACUUGACGUAGCUUUAGAAAGCACUACACAUGCAUUGUUUGUUACAUUGGUAAUUAGUUCAAGUUUUUAAAUGGGGAGCUUUCGUUUAUUUAACCCACCUCUGCCACAUUCUCUGUGGCUUUACCU